GGGUGUGGUGUACUUGCCGUGUGUACAAGUUUUAACUAAAAACAUUUAAAAAUGUCUGCAACUCUGAAACCGUAUUUAACAGCAGUUCGCCAUACAUUAACAGCAGCAAUGUGUUUAGAUAAUUUUUCAUCUCAAGUGGUUGAACGGCACAAUAAACCAGAAGUAGAGGUUACGACUUCAAAAGAAUUAUUACUCAACCCGGUCGUUAUAUCUAGAAAUGAAAAAGAAAAAGUAUUUAUAGAAGCAUCAGUAAAUUCAAUCAGAAUUAGCAUAGCUGUAAAACAAGCAGAUGAGAUUGAAAAAAUUCUGUGUAAGAAAUUUAUGCGGUUUAUGAUGAUGAGAGCUGAAAACUUCAUUGUACUUCGAAGAAAACCAAUUGAAGGAUACGAUAUAAGCUUUCUCAUUACCAAUUUUCAUACAGAACAGAUGUACAAACAUAAGUUAGUAGAUUUUGUUAUACAUUUUAUGGAGGAAAUUGAUAAAGAAAUAUCUGAAAUGAAGUUAGCUGUCAAUGCUAGAGCUAGAAUUGUUUCUGAAGAAUUUUUAAAACGCUUUUAAAAAGUAAUGUAUGCAGUGCUAAAUAGGUGCUAGUAACAUUGGUAAUAUAUCAAGACAAUGACAUUUGAGUAAAAAGUAUGAAGAAGUACUGAUGUUAAAAUAAUGAUAACAGAUAGAGCUCCUUGUAAGAAUGUUAGUUUAAUCUUUUAGUUUCCAAAGUCUAUUGAAGGUUGGAAAAGUGAUGAUUAAAUAAAGACUAAUGGUAGGAUUUUGUAUCAUUGUAACAUGAGUGUUAUUUAAAUUGCUGUAUUAUAACAAAAUUAAAUAUAGUCCAUAGUACAUCAAAAAUAUUGUCUGGCUAUUAGAAAGAUAAUGUGAGACCUAUUUAAUAUAUCACAAUGGCUUGUUAUUAACUAUUUUUUCCUUUUAUUUAAUAUUCCAUUAUUAAUUGGUUUGUAUGUCACUCAUUAAAAAAAUAUUUGUCAUAGUAUAGUACAAUUCGUUUAGUUUUAACCUAUGUAAAACUAUGUUUUUGUAUUCAUUUAAUUUUCUCUUUCUUCAAUAUGUUUUUGUCUUAAUGAAUGCUACUGGAUUCUUCCCCAUGUACUAAUAAUACAGCAAUAUAUUUUGCUUUAAGUUGAAGUGUUACAGGGGUAUAAUAUGUCAAAUUUUCUUACUAGAUCUUGUUUGAUUGUGUUCAUUAAUUAUUAAUACAUAAAAGUCAUAAACAUUGAUUUUUUUGUAAUGUUUCUUUUCUUUGUCACAAACAAAUUUGUUUUAUCAUUUUUUAUGAUGAUUGAGAGACCAAGUCAAGAGACCAACAUAAAAACUUGAUUGGGAAUGCAACUAGACCAUUCUGAAAAUUGUAUAUCAAUAACAUAUUUUUGCUUCACUGAUUUAUUGGUUAAGAACUAUUUUGUAUCAUCUCAAAUCUGAUAUGUGUAUGAAAAGGCAUAAGAUGUGAAGGAUAUCAUUUUUAAUAUUUUUGACAUCUUUGUGUUUUAUACUGUAUUCUAUUUAAAUAUCAUUUCUUUGGUAGUUUUUAAUUGGUAACUUGAACCAGAAGCAUAGCAUAAAAUAAUAUUUUACAAUGUGUAAAUUGUAAAAUGUGUUUUACACUACUUACUUAACCUAUAUUUUGGACCUAAAUUUUAGAAAAACAAAAUAAUAAUGCCAUAGCUAAAGAGUUUAUUGAAAUAGUGCUCCUAUUUAAUUAGCAGAUUAAAAAGUAAUAUCAAUCAAAUGAAUCUGAAAUAAAGUUUGUAUCUAGUAUUUAUAAACAAGGAGUUAUUAUAAAAAUGUACCAGAAGGUUUUCAGAUAAAUAGUAAUUAGUUAUCUAAGCUCAAUUCCUAGCACAUUUUCUAAAUAUAUCUAAAACACAGCAGUUUAAAAAUUUUGAUUUUUAAAUUUGUUACCCUGAAUAUUCCCUAAAAACUAUUGAUGGAUAGAACAAGGAAUGACUAUCCUUGUUAAAAUUGAUCAUUGUUCAACUUAUACACCAAAUUUUUCAAAAGUUACUAAAAGAUGAAACAGUUGACUAAACAGUUCUUAAUCAAUAUUAUUUAUUAUGUACUCUUCAAUUUUCCUAAAUACUUAGUAUUUAUUAUGAUGGACCUAGAUAAGUAAAUACAAUAUGUACAAAAAGUGACUUGUCAUGAUUUGUCAUAAAUCAUAUACUUGGCAGUUGAUGAAACAAAUAAAUACAAUGUGCAUAAAUAACAAAUCCUUUUUAUUAAAAUUUGAAAUAUAUACUUACAUAAUUGCAACCCUGAGCUGAAUGAUUUGAGUUUUCCUUUAUAAUCAUACAUGUUUAGUGUAAUAUCUAGUCUGUGUAAAAAUGAUACAUUUGAUCUAUUGACAAAUUGGAUUAUAGGAAUUUAAUAUCAUUAUAUUUCUAUUUCUUGUCAUAUUUUUUUGUUACAUAUUGUAUUUUCUAUUUCUUGUUGUUAAUUAUUUAUAUUUUUUGUCAUGUUCUACGC